GAACCUUCAAUUUCAAGAUGCUGCGUUGCCUUUUGUUCGCUUUCCUGUUUGCUGCGGCGACGUCCCAGCAGGUGGCUCCGUGCAGGUGCGGCGCCUUCAUCAGCGGCGACGCUGGCGACACCCUGCUGUAUGAGCUUCCCCCCAUUGAAGUGCACAGCUGCGACCAGAGCCAUCCUUGUCAGAACCGCUGCAUCCAGGAGUUCGAACUGAUGUCUGGAGGCGGCGACUUGGACUUCGUUACUUCCACCAACGCGACUGUUGGCGAGAUCUUGUGCGACGGAGCGGGGACGGCCGUCGCUUCCCAAAACGUGGACGCCUUCUACGAGCUGUGCGACGGCCCCUGGGAGGUGACCGGCAUCACGAGUCAGCAGCCUCUCUGCUGCACCGACGCCGCUGAGUACGUUCCCUGCUAGACGGGAACAGCAGGAGACGUGGAGUGACGUCUGGCACUGCAACUCUUCACGUUGCGCCAACAACCAGACUUAUCUAUUGAUAGCUACUUAUAUGAAAAGAAAAAGAAAAAAUGAAAUAAAAAUAUUAUUAGUUUUC